CAAGCAGGGGGGACGGAUCAAGACGUGGCGGAAGCGAUGGUUUGUGCUCUCAGGACGCGGAUCAUUGACGUAUGCCAAGAGCAAGGACGCACCGCCCAAGGGCUUGAUUCCGCUGGAGGAGGUGAGCGAGGUGCGUGUGGUGGAGAUGGCGAGCGGAAAGGACGAGAAGCUCGGCCUGUUUGAGCUGGUCACAUCCGAUCGGAUUUGGCGCAUCCGUGCCAGUCGUACACACAUGCUACCGAGUGGGUCGAUGAUGUUCAGCAAGCGAUCCGGCGCGCCAACAAGCGAAGCGGCGAAUUGGUGUGUGGGAUUCACAGCAAGCGGAAGGAGUCAAGCAUGCGAGAGGUUGAGAUGGACGCCAUGAAGCGGGCAAAAGUGCUCUCAGCGCUGGGCGAUCGUACUGCAGCAGUUCAGGGCAGAUCUCUUGCAGUUGAGCUGCAUCUCACGGUCGUGGCACCUAUCGAGUAUGCCGGACAGGUGUUUGUGGUCGGCCCAUCGGGCGGGCUGGUGGGCGGGCGGUCGAUGCACGACGUGUCGAUCCAGGACUCAUUGCGGUCGAUUUCACGCAACCACGCCCGAAUAAGCUUUGUUGACGAGCCACGGCCUUCACGGGUCUCCAUUUCGGAGCCGUGCUUCCUCCUGGAAGAUCUUGGCUCUGCCAAUGGGACCACCGCCCGGUUCCGCGGCUCGCAGGUCAAGGUGAUGCCGCACACGCCAUUUCGGCUCCUCGAUGGGCAAAUCAUCACGUUUGGCAAGGAGUUUGAACUCGGGAUUCGCAUUUACGGCAUCGACAACCUCUCUUCAUGCUCGGGCUUGACACUACCGGCUGGCUUGCCCGGCGGUACGCCCACCACAGCCGGCAGCGCGAGCACACCGAGUGGUUUCGGGCCGAUGCGCGACUCGCUUGGGCUCAACCGCGAUUCACUAGCAGUGCCCGACUCGUCGCGGUCAUCGUUUGAGCUCGGAGUCGGCAGCAACGAGACGGUGGUCCCAGUGAGCGUCGCCAUUCGGACGUCGCCGCGCGAGGUUGUCGCAGCGACGACGGCGCGGGUCGGCGAGGGGUGCGGACACGGCGAGCUGGUGCAAGCAGCGCGGCUGAGCGCAGGUGCGGUUUUUGCCGGCGCAAGUCGCGGCAACGUGUGGUUUGAGAACGACGACGGCGGCUUGGAGCCAGUCGGGGACGUCGGCGACGCGGCCGGGUUCUGGCAGCGCGGGGUCGGGCUUGUGGUUCUCGUCGUCCCGGAAUGAGCGUUUGCGCUACAGCUCGUCGUGGCCGCUCUCGGGACUCACGGCGCGUUCGGCAAGGUUGCUAAGGAUGCGGUCGAGGUGGUCGGCGAGGAGCUUGCCGAUGGCGUCAUUGGAGAAGUUGGCGACCAUGUCAGCGCGGGCGCGUGCGCCGCGUGCGGCGUUCUCGGCCAGCGAGGUAUGGACGGUGCGCAGGAGGUCGACAAGAGCGUCUGGAUCGGGAUCGGCCCACGAGUGGGUGGCAAAGUGCGAGUUACCGCCGACGCGGACGAGGCCGCGGAUGGGAGGGGGUACGAGUUGUCACUUGUCAUGAACUCGGUCGGCCCGGACCAGGCGGUGGCGAUGACCGGAAGGCGCAUGGCCAUGGCCUCAGUGUGCGGGCGGCCCCAGCCCUCGCCGCGCGACGGCAAGACAAACGCAUCCAUGGCUGCAUACAUGGCGGGCAUGUGAGUCUGCGGAAUGCCCGAGAGCACAAAGACAGGCGGGAGGGUGGCCAUGUCGAGCCCGCGGUCAGCGGCGUGUGCGGCGAUGGCGGUGUCAAAGUCAGACGACGAGUGGAAGGCGCGAGUGACAAUGUAAAGCGCGACCGAG